GAACCAAGCUCCACGGCGCGUUCCCACGGAAGGCUCGUCCCCAUCACCAACCCCGAUAUCUUUCCCCUCUAUUCUAUCCCUACCAGCGCUCACUUGUGCUCCCGUAUAUAAGGAUCCCUGUUACGUCGUCAUCUCCACAUUUCUGCUUUGACUCUCGUACGGUGCGCUUCACAAGCAAUCUUUACAUUUUAUAUUACCACCGCACGCGGUUUAAAGUCGAAGUCUGUAUACAUUUAUUUUCAUUCACUAAUAAUUACACGUUAUUAAGUGUUAACUCGUAAUCGCUAUUAACUCACUUUAAUAUUGAUUGAGUAUUCAGUGAAUUGUUGGACACUUGUGUUAUUUUGUGUUCAACUCUCAGUGACUAAUCAAAGGAUUAAUUUAUUUAUCAACAACAACAAUAACAACACAAGAUGCAGAUGCACGAGCAAAUGAUGAUUGUCGAUGGGCAAGAACAACCAAUCUCCAGAACUUAUCAAUACAGAAAGGUUAUGAAACCAAUGCUUGAACGCAAACGACGAGCUCGCAUCAAUCGUUGCCUCGACGAGCUCAAGGACCUGAUGGUGACCGCGCUCGCUGGUGACGGUGAAAACGUAGCGAAACUCGAAAAAGCCGACAUCCUCGAACUGACAGUCCGUCACCUCCACAAACUCCAACGUCAACAACGCCUGUCAGCUAACCCCGUGCUCGACUCAGAUCGAUUCCGCGCUGGAUACACUCACUGUGCCAACGAAGUCAGCCGCUGCCUUGCAGAAACACCCGGAGUAGACGUAGCGCUGGGAACCAAGCUGAUGACCCACCUCGGUCACAAACUCAUCUCAAUGGACAAAACCGGACCUCUGACUAUUCACGUGUCGACCCCACCACCACCUCAGUCCUCGCCGUCAGUGUGCAGCGAGUCCUCGAAUUCAUCGGAAUACUCGAUGCCAUUGACACCAGCCUCCAGCCAGCCAUCUCCAGUUGGACGAUCAGCAGAAGGCGAAACAAAUUUCUCGACACAAACUCACCAAGGAUUACUAAAAGUCGCGAAACCCAACGAACCUGUCUGGCGACCAUGGUAAUGAAAUUCGUUGAAUUCAUCAAUUCAAUUGGGAUUAACGACCUUACACUUUACUACGUACUACUGUAAUUUUCAUUAUAUAAGUACAUGUAUCUAUAUAUAUUGACUGUGAGAAUUGGCCGAAUCACUCAGGGCAGACAGCCAACUGUGCAGUGGAAUUAAAUUCUGCUGUACAAAAAAAUACUAUUAGGAAGAAAAAGGAGGAGGAGAAAGAGAAGAAAAAUAAUUAUUAAACGACUUCUGCUGAGCUAAAAUGUCUAUACAAUUAUUAAUGGAGCUGGCGAUGAUAUAGACGACUGGACUGUGAUUCAAUGGAGGUCCUAAUAAUUACACGUUGAUCUGGGAUCAAACAAGAGAAGACGAGAAGAAUAACUAAAAGAAGAGACUAAUAAUCAUCGAUUCUUCAAUCAACGACCACGCAUUAGAUGGUUAUUAAAUUUUAUUAAAGUAUAGUAGAUUUAAAUAAUAAAUAUAAGACACCUCGAAUUGCUCAAAUCGAUCUGUUGGUAUUUUGCGUUAUUAAAAAAAAAAAAAAAUCAAACAAGUACGACAAAAUACAAAGGAAACGAUUCUUAAAAUAGCAAAUCAUUUCAAUAGAAUUUGUUUUAGGAGAGAUUAAGACAUUCUGAUCUCGUUAAUUGUCAAGGCCACUUUUAACGUGUGGUUAUAUUUCAAAUGAAUAUGCCAAGUGGUUAAGCUUUAAUUUACUUUUAUUGGUUUAGAGUUAGAAUAUUUUUUUGCUCCAACAUUUUUAUUGUACUGUUUAAUUUCAUACUUUUAUUGACCAAUUGAUUUUUUAACUGUUUCGGCGCAAGUAGAUUCUUUUAUGUAAUUGAUUAAUUAUUAUUAUUAUUAUUAUUAUUAUGAUUAUUAUUUUUUAAAAUAUGUAAUUGAGCGAGUGCAAUGUUGUUAAUUAAUUAUUUAAGCGCCGAAACUUGUGCCUCGCCUCGGUCUGUUAUUAAAAAAAAAAAAAAAAAAAAAAAAAAAAAAAAAAAUUAAAAAAAAUUAAAAAAAAAUUGUUUUCGACAAAAUAUCGAUCAUCAGAUCCUUGAAAAUUGUUAUCGUCAUUUUUUGUAAAAAAAGUUGAUAAAAAAAAUGACCGAGUAGAGGGUCUUGUGAUAGAGAAACGAGUACCUGUGAUAUUUAAAUGUAAAGAGAGAUGCAGUUGGUAGUAGAUGAUACUAGAUUUUUUAAGAAAAUAAAAAUUUAAUUAAUUUCAAUAUAAA